ACUCAAACGUCUCGUGUCUAUGAACUGAUAACCUAUUGAUAACUAUAACUUUUCUGAGAGUUCAUGACAUAAACAUUGACAGUGAUUUCUGAGCUAUCAACAAGUGCAGUGUCUUUAAAGGUUAUGUGUAUCUUACUCCAAAAUAGUGAACUUAAAGUGUCGUUCUUGAAGAAUAGACAAAGAGUAAAGAAGCAAGUGUAUAGACUAAAGAAUAAGCGGAGAAAGAAAAAAUAUAUCUACAAGAUUACGAGAUAGGGAGUUUGAUAUAGAUAAGGAUAAAGUUAUUCUUUUUGACGGUAAAGAUGAUAGCGCUGGUGUGGUGUAUAGUUUCUAAGAUAUUGGAGAUCGCAAAAACUGCGCACUGCAAAGAUGAAAUUGAAAGUGAAAAGGUUAUAGUCAAACAUGUUAGAAGGCCGAAGAAAAGAAAUCGAAAACGAAGGAGGCCAAAAGGGCCACCGCCGCGGCUGGGGCUGAAGGCUCCAAGCCCCGCAGUAGACGAGGACUGCAACAGCAACACCAGCCUCGCCGGCAGCCAGCACUCCGCGCACGAUGACCUCGACGCGCACUGCGACAACUCCGGGUACCUCUGGUUCCUCGACUACAACCCGAUCUUCCGAGACGGCUCCUGCCACCACCAGUCAGUCCUGUCUUCGGUGUCGGCCUCGUACAAGGGUAUAAGCGAACUGGCGUCCCGCUUCGAGUUCACGUCCCGCUACAACGACCUGGCGCGGGACCUGGACGCCAACCUUGCCGAGGCCGACAUGGAGAGCUUCAAGACCGAGGACAUCCACGCACUGCUCAUGACUGCCAAUAUGCCGCACGACACUAUCAUUGAUGACAGAACGCACGAUAGUAAUCCCCGGGGAGAGAUGUUCGCGAGCAUUUCGAGUUCGCUCAUGGAAAAGUUUCGCUUCGACAGCUCAUUCAGUGCCGACAGUAGCUUUCAGGGAGAAGAAUCCGUCGGUUCCAUCAAUACGAUGUCGAUAUGCAAGUCGGAGUUGCUGUUCUCACCGGUGAAGGAGGGCAUCCACGGAGUACACUUCAGUGUGGACAGCUUGGACUGCGAGCUGCCCACUGAGCAAGAGCUCAUCCUCACCUGUCAGGCCAAUAAGGACAACUACACCAUCGCCUUCGAAGGCAGCCUCACCACCUACUCCGAGGACAGCGAGUGUGUCGAAUUGGCCGUCAAUCACAAACAUGACAAAUUAGGAAAGGAAGAAGAAAACGUAACUUUAGAUAACGAUGAAAGAACGCGCAGGAAUUUAGAAUUAUUAGAAAGAUGUAAGAAACUAACUAAUAAGUUAACAACCUCUAUGGCUAGAAGUGAUUUAGGAUUAACUACUUGGAGUAAGCUUAAGAAACAAACCAAUCAUUCACCGUUAAGGAGACAUCCAUCAGGCAACAACAAUGAAGACUCAAAUGACUCGACUGAUGCCACAAACGACAUGAACAACUCAGUUAUCAAAAGCCAAAGUUUGCCAAAUUUAUACAGAAAGAAACUCAUGAGCAGUUCUAUCAAUUCUGCUGCAUUGAGCAACUCAACGGUCGACUCUUUCACCGUUAACCAGAGGUUACAUGGCACACCGACGUGUAUGAAGGUGUACGAUGUAUCACAGCAUCGUUCGCAUGGAAGCCAACAUUCAGAGCCUAUGAGUACAUCAUCCACUGAGAACCAUACCUCUUCGGACAAGAGUCAACCGAAGCAACCUUUCAAUUUAGUCAAACUGUUCAUGAAACAAAAAAGUAUGAGCAAUGAUGGUAUUGUAAGUAUGGAUCAAUUAGAUCGAUCAGAAUGCUGGCCUUCAAGCUCAGGAGGUGAAAGCGGCGAGUCCAUUGGUGAACAAAAGAUGACCGAUUCAAAAACUGAGCGUCCUCAAGCUGAGUUACCUAAUAAAGUGUUAGAAGAAGUCACAACUGUAGUUUACGAAGAAAUUCCUACUAAUCCUUAUAAUAGAGUAUACGAUGAAGUGUUAGUCGAAGAAGAGGAGACUGUCGAUGGAGCAAAACUAAUUGAUAGUGAAACUCCAUUAUACGCUACUGUAAACAAACCACAUCUCAAAAAACACAAUUUAAAUGUUACAAAUAGUCCUUCUAAAGUCAGAAGCAAUAAGAAGUCAUACUCAUCUCAAUCUUCUGCAACAAGUGUGAGCAUUUCUAGCUGCUCUGAAUCUGAUGGCACACAAAUUACCCGAAUGAACAGGUUGCGGCAAAAAGAACCUUGCGAAAAUAAAACAACCUCCACCCAUAUAGAAGCAGUAACUAUAGAUAAAAGCAUGCAAACUUCUAUCAUGCAAGUAUCAUCUAGAACUGCAGAAAGGGAAAUAUUCAAAGUUGUAGAACCUUCAUUCUUGGAAAAGCUAAAGGAAGGAGACUGUCAGAAACCAGUAUUUGUGUUAUAUCCCAGCUACACACUACCAGACAUCAGUUUCUUGAAUGGCAGGCCAAACAUUUACUUGAAUCCGGUAAAAGUAAACAUUUCCUCUAAAGCAAGUGAAAGCAAAAGAAACAGAUUGCAAGUUAAAGGUAAACGACCUUUCUCUUGCAAUGACCUUGAAAUGCUAAAGAAGAAAGGACUCGGUCAUAUUAAAGACUGGGAUUCACUCAAUUUCUUAUUGCCUAUGGAAUGCAAACAGUUGUUGUCUGAAAUGCCUGAACUUAUGCAACACAUGAAAGACAAAGAAGCGAAGUGCAUUGAAAAAUACUGUACACCUUCAAAGUCUAAAAACAGGCCAAUGAGUUGUGAUUGUAAUAACUUAGGCAAUAACACCGCUGUAUCUUCAAGUUCAAGCACGGCCACCCAGCCAUCGUCUGGGUAUAGAGGAUCUUCUACUAUGUUGACAGACUCGUCUGCGCAGAACAGCCCUGCCCCCGCAGGAAACUUCAACCCACUAUUUGUUUAUCGCUACGACAGCGCCACUAGCUCCGAAGCUAGUUGUGUAAACAAUGAUGGUCACAGAAGUAACCCCACUGUUCCCAGGAGAUCUCUAUCAUUAGCUGAUCAAACCCGACUAGCCAAGCAAGGUGAACAAGUGCCACCUCGGCCACCAUUACCAAAGAGCAUUUUAAGAAAAUCUAUGGACAAGACACGAAAAUCAAGCUCAAAACGUUACAGCAUGUUUGAGAUGGACGACUUAUUACAAGAUCCCAUCAUUUGCAUUACAGCAGCAACCGAGCACAAAACAAAGAGAAGGUCGCUUCAAGAACCUUACUAUUUGCAGAAUCAGAACGUAGACUAUAGGAAAAACAAUGAUUUGGCCGCCAAAAGGUUGUCUCAGCAGUUCCUUGACGCAGCAGAAAAAGAUGCAGAUUACAACGAAUAUUACCAAGAUGAAGGUGUCGGCACUGAGAGUAGUUUAGAGUCAGGGAAGUCCAACGAACUCAAGUACCACAGGCCUCACACGCCACCAUUACCCAAGCCAAGAACAAAGAAAAUAGAAUACACGGAAUUCCCACCACCAGGUGCACUAAUAAGCAGCGCAGAUUUACAACAACUGGAAGAGUUUCUGAAACUGAGCGGUUUCAACUGUCAGAAUAUGGACGAUUGGGACCAAAAUCAAGUACAAAAGGUAAGGAGUCAAGUCACCAAAUUUCUUCAAAUGAAACGAUCUCAAGAAGAGAACCAAAGGUCUACGGAAUCUAGUGGCAGCAGUUGUAAUAGUAAAAAGUCUGUGAGCUUUGCGCAGAAGUCUGAAGGUAACGUGGAGGGGCAGCAGACUUUGCUGAAGCCGGUGGAGGAUCUGAAGGCGGCCAGUCUGACCACGCCACCAAACUCACCUAACAUCUCUGCCGUUAUAGCUCAAAGACACUAUCAGGCAAAGAAUUUGGCAGAGAUACCAAUAUGCGAAGAAGCUGAAGUAAGUCCCGAUGAGUUCGGAAGUCCCAUCCACCACGACGGAAGAGGAAAAUAUGACUUGAUCGACGUUUCACAAAAGAGAGCCCUAGUCUCCAAUGUGACUGACGCAGUUGAGAUGAUGAUCCAACACUUCUCAUCCGCUACUGAUCAGACAGAACUCGCCUUCCUAGGAGACUCCAAACAAUCUCCAGCCUGUGCUAAGAUAGCCCUCAAUGCACUUUGCCCUGCAUUAUACGCCAUAUUCAGAGACGGUCUCAAGGAAAACAUCGAAACUUCCUUCGGAGCUGUUAACAACUCGGUUUGGCAAAUGGUUGAAUCAACGGCCAGACAAGGGCCUAUUACGAAAUCUCUUAAUGAACUUGUAUUGAGGAUUAAUAGUGAGGACGCUGUUACUGAAGGACUGGUUAAGUUCAACGCAUUCAUCCUUGGGCUACUGAAUGCGCAGUCAGUUGACGCAUGGGUCUCAUACGUAAGGACAAGAGAAUCAGUGUUGGCCAAGCACUAUGGGCCUGAUUCUAUUGUCCUGGCUGGAUGUGUCGGCGAACCGCGCUGCAGAGCCCUACUGGAUACCUUGCUAGCCAGUCUCGAGCCCCUCAAGCUACUGCCCUUCUCCCUGGACCUGAUGUUCGAGAUGCGAGAACUUCAUAGGAGCUUCAAAAAGAUCGAGAGUGACAUGCGAGCGGCUAGUCGGCUGGAUACAAGCGGCGAAGAGCCGUGGAGGCCUGGUUCCGCGGGCAGUUGUGCCAGCAAUAAUACGGGAAAGGACAGCAACGCUUCAGGAGGCAAGUUCCGGCGCCUGCAACUCAAGUGGGAGCUGCUUAGCAACGCUGAGAGCCCUACUGGCACGCCUUCUGGAGAGACAUCGCCGGCUACAGCGAGAGGGUCGAAGAUCCCGCGGCCGGUGUCAUCGCCCGUGCGACCUCAAGCACCAACAUUGCAAUCCCCGGCAAAGAACACGCAUCGCGGCAUCCCAGUACCAGUUCGUAAGGGUCAAUCCCCUACCACGAGUACACCACGACCUACCACAGCGCGCAACGCCGCUACUAAGAGGCCGCCUCAACCUGCUAAUAGACAACCUGAGAUGACUACGAAGAAAGCCGUGGUGGCGAAACCAGUCGUUACUCCAAGAACAAAUGACGUUUCUAAACCAGCCAUUGCUAAGAAAGCACCGACUUCUCGCGUGGACCAAGCACAUGGCCCCGCUGGUGCGGCCCCACGGCCCUCUUCGCUGCCAUACGGUCGCUCCGUGCCCCCCGCCGCGCCUCGCAGAGCUGCUUCCUCAUCAGCUGCUAGAGCACACCACUCUUCCAAUCAGCAGAAACACAAAUACGUGCGAACGCUGUGGCAUCGACUACCGUCGGAUUCUGGUCAUCUCGCCUUCAACGAGGGUGAACGUCUCCGUCUGAUCCUUGAGGUAGACGACCAGUACUUGCUCUGUUGCCGCGGCGAACAGAAGGGCUUGGUUCCACGCGACGCUGUGCUAUUAGAAGACUUCUGAUAUUGGCAGCCAUAACACGAAUGGCAGCCCCACUGGCGGCCCUUGCGGAUGAACAGCAACUUUGGAAGGCAUUAGGCGUGGUAUGGCGAGCUUCCUCUUAUAGGAACUCGGCUCUAAUUAUUAUAAGGAUUGUGGCGUUGUGUCAGUAAAGAGAAUGGUUGUAUAGUGUGCAAUAUAUUGAUGAUAGUAUCGCGAUACUACUUACAGUUGGAAUAUGUGUGAAUCUCCUAAGGCUGGUUUGUUAGCGAAAAAGUGAAUAUGAUUCGGAACUCUGCUGUUCAUGGACGCUGUAAAUACUUGAUAACUCUAUUAGUGCGUUCAUCAUCUACAAAACAUUUUCUUCUAUCGUAUUAUCGUGUAUAAAGUUAUUUAAUUCCUAUGUUACGUAUCGAAUACUUGUAUCCAUUAUUUCUUACUCCCAUAAGGAAUCUGUAACAUCACUAAAAUCGAAUUCUCACAUUUAAAAUUCUGUAGUAAAAUCUAGUCUUACGUUAAGGCACGACAAUGUCUUGGACUGUACAUAAAUUAUUUUAGGAACACGAUUUGUGGGAAUAUUUACUGAGAAUGCCGGGCAAUAUAACAUUGCCACUUAGAUACAUAGUUGAAGCGUUACCAGUAAAUGUUGCCUUCAAUGGGAUGUGAUAUAGAUAUUUAUUUACCUUUUAUUAUAAGGACAAAAUCUCGUAUUCGUAAGAGCAAACUCCUUCGGAAAAUUCGAAAUUCGUUACCGCUGAGAGAAAGACACGUAAAAUAAACUCGAUGUUUAGAUAAACUCAUUGUAAUUGAUGUCUAAAUUUAUCCAAUGUAAGCGUUAUGUGUAUGAUAAUGCAUUUAUAUUCAUUGGUAUUAUAGUGUGUAUUUAAGUAUGUAUAAAAUAUCAUAGUGAAUGUAUCCAAAUCUCAUUUAGCAAGGGAUGUCUCGGGGUGCUAAUGGGUAGUGUCAUUAAGUAAUUCUUAAAAUCUUUUAGAGUCACAUUUCCAUAGAUUCGUAGCUAACAUGUUCUAGUAAUUAACCGCAUGCGGCCUCUCCCGAGCACCUUCCAGGCAGGGUCUAUGGUAUUCACAGAAAUACGUGGUGUAGGAAGCGUAACACUUGUGGGUACUAACCGCACGGCCUAUCCUUGAACACCCUUCCUCCAGCUGUCCUACACUAAAACAAGCAAACAGGACAAUAAUAGUUAAUAUUUCAAGUACAUUCAGGUGUUGGUGUAACUCAACGGUCUGACUAAUGGCAUGCGCCUCCCCACUUCUCACAUCCUUAAUCCAGCACUAUCGAUGUACAAUUAAGACAACAUGUCCAGUAUACCUUGCUUCGCCACCACUAAAUCGUCUCCAGUCACCUCCAGAGACAUCAUCACCCAUAACAUCAUUACCAACUAUGUAAUUGAUAUACUUAACUUAUAUUGAUUGCUUUUCGCUAAGGUCACGGAUAUUGUGAUAUAAUAGUCAUAUCACGGCUUAAGGCUAAGUAGUGGAGAGAUAAUAUUUUUGGUAUGUAUUUGUAUUGCUCAAGUGGGUGCAGAUGACGGUAUGAUAUUCGUGAUAAAUACUCUAAUGUAACCUUUAUACUCGAGCAUUGAUUGCAGUAUUUGUUUAUCUAUAACUAUUGUAAAGUAAUUUGUAUAUAUGAAAAAUAAUUUUAGUAGAAAAAUUAGAGGUCAAAAUUUGUAACAAACCUUUUGAAUGCACGAUACAGUUCCUCUCGUAGUCGGUCGUGCUAUCCAGUCACAACAUUGGUGGAUUAGUGUAUUUGUGUAGAACAAAAUUAUACAUUUAACUGUGUCUUUCUCGAGGCGGCGCCGCGUGAUACCCGUAGUCUUGCCAACUUCGUUCGAAUCAAAGAAACAAGAGGCUCGUCGACACGAAUAUUUCAUUGAGGACGUAAGUUGACACAAAUUAGUACUGUAUAAUAGACAUAAUUUACACAAUAAUUAGGUAUAAUAUUGGAUAUAUAGGUAAAUAUUGUUAGGCGGUCGUAAUCUGAGUACCUAGGGAACCUCAUUUAGGAUCUUGUUUGGGAAAUCAUAAAAUUUGCGUUUGUAAAAUAGACAUUCAUUAUUGAGUAGAAUUAUUCGCGCUUUGUGACUGAAUGAUGUGAUGUGGCCUUUUGUAUGUAAUUAAAGUUAUAAUAGUGUUAUUGUGUCGUGUGUGUGCGCUUGUUGCAUCAGUCGGAGUAUCGUGUCUCGUCUACUUAAAGUUUGAUAGCAUCGGCAUUAUGCUUCCACAAAUUAUUCAUAUAAUUAUAGUAGUCUGAACUCCUAACGGCCGUUGAAGUAUUAAUCGAUCAUGCCUUAUAAACCAAAUAAAUCGAUAAUAGGAAGCGUUUCGCUUGAGGACGCUUACACGUAAUCGCUUGCAGUUAGCGCAUAACCUUUAACCCUAGAGGAGUUUGUUAGUCGUAAGUUUUUAUCAACAGUUUGUAUUGUCGAAUGAUGUUGAACAGUUUUUAUAUAAUGACGUCACUCCUGCGCGUUCGUUAAGUAUUGUUGGGUAGAUGUGGUGAGUCAAGUUGUCCUUAACGGUACAAACGGUUAAGUUAUUUUACUAUUGUCAAGUGUAAGAUUUUAUUUAUAAUUUACGAUCGGGAUCAAUGAGUUGAAUUUUGAGUUGAAAACUUUAUUUUCUUAAGAAAAAAAUAUUAAAUAAAAAACAAAAAGAGGCUUUCGUUACAUAACGAAACGUCAACGAACGACUGAGAAAUAAUUCCGAAUAUAAUCAUUAAGUUUACCUCGAAAUCAUGUAAUUAAUUAACAUUGUUUCGAUAAGACAUUCAUCAUUCAUAAUAUGUAUUUUAUAAAUUUUUAUUUGCGUUAAGUGCCAUAAUUUAAUGAAUUAACAAUUGAUAAAUAUUAUAUUGUAAUGCAUAACCAUGUACACCAAUUAAACAAAAUAUAAAAUCA